AUAAUCGCGAAGGGUUUUGCUUUGCCGAAGUUUUACAGACAAUGUGUCAGAUGGCUUCAAGCAGCCGGAAUCUUGUCACUAAAUCUGAGUGCUGCUGUGAUGGAGGCCGGGGCUGGGGUAACCAGUGUGAGCUCUGUCCGCUUCCUGGAACCACCCAGUAUAAGAAACUGUGUCCACAUGGACCAGGCUAUACUACAGAUGGAAGAGAUAUUGAUGAAUGUAAGGUCAUGCCAAACCUGUGUAGAAAUGGACAGUGUAUUAACACUAUGGGCUCCUUCCGAUGCUUUUGCAAAGUUGGCUAUACCACUGACAUAAGUGGCACAUCUUGUAUUGAUCUUGAUGAGUGCUCCCAGUCUCCUAAACCAUGCAAUUUUAUCUGCAAGAACUCAGAAGGGAGCUAUCAGUGCUCAUGUCCUCGGGGCUACAUCCUUCAAGAAGAUGGAAAGACGUGUAAAGAUCUUGAUGAAUGUCAAACCAAACAACACAAUUGUCAGUUUCUCUGUGUCAACACCCUUGGAGGCUUCACAUGCAAAUGUCCGCCUGGUUUUACACAACAUCACACAGCUUGUAUUGAUAACAAUGAAUGUGGUUCUCAGCCAUCACUUUGUGGAUCAAAAGGAAUUUGCCAAAACACCCCUGGAAGUUUUACAUGUGAAUGUCAAAGAGGAUUUUCUCUGGAUUCUACUGGAUUAAACUGUGAAGAUGUGGAUGAAUGUGAUGGAAACCAUAGGUGCCAGCACGGCUGUCAAAACAUCCUGGGUGGAUACAGAUGUGGAUGCCCACAAGGAUAUAUUCAGCAUUACCAAUGGAAUCAAUGUGUUGAUGAAAAUGAAUGCUCCAAUCCAAACAUGUGUGGCUCUGCUUCUUGCUACAACACACUUGGAAGUUACAAGUGUGCCUGCCCAUCUGGAUUUUCGUAUGACCAAUUCUCCAGUGCAUGCCAUGAUGUGAAUGAGUGUUCUUCUGUCAAGAACCCCUGCAAUUAUGGUUGUUCCAACACUGAAGGUGGUUAUCUUUGUGGCUGUCCACCUGGCUAUUACAGAGUGGGACAAGGCCACUGUGUCUCAGGGAUGGGAUUUAACAAAGGCCAGUACCUGCCACUGGAUGGAAAUGCUGAUGAAGAGAAUGCUUUGUCCCCUGAAGCAUGUUAUGAGUGCAAGAUCAAUGGCUAUUCCAAAAAAGACAACAGGAAGAAGAGAAGUGCUAAUGACACUAUCGAGCAGAUUAGCUUGGAAAGUCUAGACAUGGAUAGUCCUUUGAAGAUGAGAAUCAACAUUUCCAGGCUUGACAACAAGGAGCACAUCCUAGAACUCAUGCCAGCCAUUGAGCCCCUUACCAACCAUGUGCGCUACAUCAUCUCACAUGGCAAUAAUGAUGGCAUCUUUCGAAUCCACCAGAGGGAUGGACUGAGUUAUUUGCACACAGUAAAGAAAAAGUCAGUGCCUGGAACUCAUGCACUGGAAAUCACUAGCAUUCCUCUAUAUAAGAACAAGGAGCUAAAGAAACUGGAAGACAGCAAUGAGGACAACUACCUCACAGGAGAGCUUGGGGAAGCUCUCAGAAUGAGGCUGUGGGUAGACCUCUACUAGCCAUCUUCCAGACUGAGUCCAGUUCUUCAGUCACUUCUGUUCACCUGUCUACCCACCUGAGCAUAUCUGCUUUUCAAGGGCUUUGACCCUGUCACUGACUUUCAGGGGAGGAAUAGAGGGGAAGACCUCUUUCUUUCUAUCCUGCCAAGACUGCAGAAC